UCAAUUUUAAACGAAAUGGAAAUUAAUGAAACUAAUAAUCUUGCUUUAAAAAAAAGUGAAUAUAAAUUAUUUGGAAUAUCCUCUUCAACAACUAAAGAAGAAUGUGUUUCAGAUUUAUCAGAGAUACUUCAUAAAUUUCAAGAUUAUAAUCAUUCAAAAUUAUCAAUUGGAAUGUUUUUUGAAUUCAUGAAAGUUGCAUAUCGAGUGAAUGAUAACUGUGAAAAUAUAAGUGCGAUAUUAAGUGUGCAGAACAAGCUAGAUUGGAACAAGUUAGCAAAAGUUGAUUUACAUUUUGAGGUACCAAAUUAUAAUGUGACAGAUGAAAACUGUACUAAUAGUAAUGUCAUGCAGGAAAAUAAAAAUUCUAAUAUAGUGGAAGAAAUUUUGUUUGAGGCAUAUGAUAUCAAUGUUAAAAACUCUAUGCACUCUAUCAUAUCUUCAAAUAUACAACUUCAAAAUGAACAAGCAUAUACAUGUAAUCAAAAUUCAACAGUCAGUUCUGAGAAAUGUAAUCAAACUGCACAAAAUGUGCUGUGCAUGGAAGACACAAAGACUGCAAGAUCCAUAGACAUGACAGAAAAUAUUUUAAUAGCACUAAUGAAGACAAAUUUAAGUGAUGUUUUGCAUGAAGGCUUAUUAGAUUCAGUAUUACCAUAUAUGAUUCCAAAACCUGUUAUAUCACAGCCCAUCAUAAAAAAAGCUAUUAUAAAUACAGAAGUGAGAAAAAGUAAUUCGUUAGGUAAUAACAUUGAAGCAAGAGCAAUUACAAAUAUAUCACAUAAGGAGAAAGAAAAAGAUAAAUGUAAACAGAAUAAAAAAUUAAUAGAAAAUGAAGUGGAAAUUCAUGUUUGUGAUGAGGAAAAAAAUAUUAAAAAGAAUUUCCAUUGUCCUCAAAAACUUCUUAUUCAAAAAAUGCGUUAUUUUGCUGAUGUGACAGCAGGUCAAAAAUUAGAAGAAAUAGAUAUAUCUGUACAUUGUGACAUUACAAUUUUCGACUGGUUAAUGAGAUGGGUUAAAAAAGACAUCAUAAAAAAAUCAGAAUGGCCAGUUUUGGAAACUGGUAAUGUUAUUCCAAUAAUGGUAUCUGCAUCAUUUUUACAAAUGGAACCACUUUUAGAGAAUUGUUUACAAUACUGCCAUGAUAACAUGUCUGAUGUAUUAAAAACAUCAAUGGUUCUACCUAGUUUAGAUGAUAAUCUACUAACAAGAUUAGUAGAACAUUUUACAAAUGAAGAGGUAGAGGGUUUAAGAGAUAAAAAGGAUAAAAUUCAAAGUAAAUUGUUUUGUAAAUUGAUUAUAUCUCUAGCUGAAGUAAUGCCAGACAACAAAAAGGGACACUACAGUUCUUUAGCUACAUUGUUUAAAUGCAUCAAAUGCGGCAAAUGUAUUAUUCAAUCAGUUUCUAAUUAUGUGCCAUGUAUUCCAAACAUGAUGAAAAUUGAUAGCCAUGGAAAUAUCUAUAGUAAUCAUGUAAGAGACUUAACAUGGACAUUAAAUGAUUAUAUUGUUACUCUGCGGACGGAAUUACGUUCUUGGCGUAAAGUUUAUUGGAGACUAUGGGGCGAUUGUCACUUUUUGUUUUGUACACAAUGUGAUAUAUAUUUUCCAAUUCAUCAGUUUGAUUGGUGCUGUUAUCAUGCAGAACUUCCACAAUUUUUUAUCAAUGAACAACAACGAUCAAUACCAUUUCCUUUAGGCAGAUAUCCGUGUUGUAGUCAACGAGCAUAUAGAUUUGAAGUAUUACCGAGUUAUGAAGGCUGUACGUACAGGGAACAUAUUCCAGAUAUCAGGACACAAAAGGAUGUAAAUGUAUUAAACAUCCUUACAGUACAUAAAGAAGUAAUAGCUGUGGAACCACCACAGUUAUUUUUUCCAGAAAAAAUUACUAGAUUAGUUGCUCGUGAUUUAUCUCUUCAACCAGGAAAAUUAAUGUGUAAAGACCUAAUGUGGUGGGUUGGCAUAGAACUGACACCGCAGCGACCGAAACUCGGACUUUUAGGAAAAAUUUGGAGCGGUUCAGGAUUUCGUCAAAAGCCGUUACAAAAAAUUCGUCAACAGGUUUCUGUUACAACUGACACUUCAUCUUCAAUCACUGAUAGCGAAGUAGAUGAUGGUAUCACACCUUAUGAAGAUAGUAGUAUCGAUGAAGAAUCAUAUUGCAGCGAAGAAUCAGAAGCAGGGUCUUUCCCAAAAUCCAAAGAUAUGAUUAAAAAAAGGUUAAAGAACCAAAACGUGUGGAGAAACAAUAACCGAUCUUGGAAUAGUGAUUUAAAUAUAAGACACAACCAAGACAACCAACGGGAUUUUGAGGAAGGUGCAACUUCACAAAUGAUAGCAUUGUUAACAAAAAGAGUAUCUGCUGGUACUUCUGCUUUAUUAAAAUCAUCUAAUAAACAUAAUCGAAUAAAAAGACAAUUAAAUGGUAUGUUUUAUAAAUGUUAUAUUAUAAUAAAUGUAUAUAUUAUUUAUGUAAUUAAUACUGUAAUAAUAGGCGGAACUUACAUGAGAUUGGAAGCAGAGUUUCGUGAUCAAUUGAAUCAAUCUUAUAAAAGUAAAAAUAUAACAGGAAAGUAUUUUCUACGUAUGAAAUCAAGUAAAUUAUAAAUACACAGCCUAGAAUAAUUUCUACUAAAUGUCUUGUGUUGCACAUUCUUUAAAUGAUGUCAUAUAUAUUAAAUGAAAACGUUAUUAAAA